ACCAAAAAGGUCCUUGUUUCCUUGUUCCUUGUUUUUCCUUCUCCAAGGGAAUGGAGGACGAUGCCUCAGUCCCCAGGCACUCGUGCUUGAAGCUCGAACCCAGAGACUCCCAGCCCAUCUUCAUCAAGGGCACAUGGUUCGCCUCCCGCUUCGACCUCUCCAUCACCGACGGCCUCAACGCCUGGGUCUGCCGCGCUUCCGAAGACGCCGUUAGAGACCGAGCCGCUCAGUGGGACCAGCCGGUGCCCGAGUACGUCUCAUUGGCCGAGCGCUAUUUAGGGUUUCAGCACUCCGAUUCCAUCUACGGGUUCACUGAUGCUGGCGAUGACCACAAAAGAUUGUCAUGGACUUUUGAGAAGGAAGGGACGAAGCUGGAGUGGAGGUGGAAGUGUCAGCCGUCGCCGAACAGUAAGGAAACUACAGCUGCUGUGUUGGAUUUUCUGAUGGAUGCUAAUGUUGGGCUUAGUGAAGAAGUCGUGAGAAAAACUCAAUCAUUUGAGAGGUUAAAAGUGGAAGCUGAGAAGUGUCUAACACAGAGUGAAAAUAUUGCCAAUGAGAAGAUGGAGUUUGAAUCCGCAAUUUAUGCAAAGUUUCUGGGGGUCUUGAAUUCAAAGAAGGCCAAACUAAGAGAGCUCCGGGACAAGCUCUCAAAACAAGAAGCGGCUGGGAAGCGGCCACAAGAAGAGGAAGAGAGCACAGACAAAACCGAAACUUAUGUCAGUGAUGAUGAGAAUAGUGACAUAGAAUCCUUGAAAGAUCCUACAGCUAUCUGCAAGGAUAUCCCAUCUAGUAGGUCUCGAGGUCGAAAGAGGGCAUUGGAGAAAUAGACUCACACUUGUCCUUUCCAAAUUCAACAUGUUUCUGUCCCAUGUAAAGAGGAGGUAAUGAAAUUCUAGGAUUUAUUGUUUCAGGAACCUGUAAAUAUUGAUUAUAUUCCAUGUCUGGAGAUCUGAUUCUCGAUAUUUGGUAGCUGAUCUGUUAGAUGACUGGAGAAUGGAUAAUAUUUAUCAUUUCGGAGAUGUGUUAUUUGUGCUCAAAGUUUU